GCCACUGUUAUUUUGGCAUCUGGUUUGCAAAAGUUUGGUUGGUGAGCGAAUAAUACUAGAUGUUUAGAAUAUGCCUGUAAAGGUAGAUAUUGCGCCGCCACCGCCGGCAAAUUCGAAGCAACCAGGAGUCACCAAGUCCCUUCUCUACAACGGCUCCAAGUUUCAAGGAUUUCAAAAGUCUAAAGGAAACUCUUACGAGGUGGAAGUAGUUUUACAGCACGUAGAUGAAGAGAACUCUUACCUGUGCGGAUACUUACAAAUAAAUGGACUGACGAACGAGUAUCCAACGUUGACCACCUUCUUCGAUGGUGAAAUCAUAAGCCAGAAAUACCCAUUUUUAACGAGGAAAUGGGACGCUGACGAAGAUGUUGACAAGAAACAUUGGAGUAAAUUUACUUCAUUCUGCCAGUAUGCAAAGACUUUCAAUUCAGAUACGUUUAAUUAUAAAGCUCUCGCUGAUACGGAUUUCGUCUUCAUGAGAUGGAAGGAACAUUUUUUAGUGCCUGAUCAUACUAUUAAGGAUAUUAGUGGAGCCUCCUUUGCAGGCUUCUAUUACAUAUGCUUUCAAAAGUCAAAGGCAAAUAUUGAAGGUUAUUAUUAUCAUCGAAGUUCAGAAUGUAUUUGUUACAGGUAUCAAUCUUUAAAUUUGACGCACGUCCCUGAACACAGCAUACAGAUCUACGAGUUCAGGUGAAGUGAAAACGACUCGAUCUUCGAGAAUCCACACAAAAAGAAACAAACAAAAAAAAAAAACACGCACUCUCUAUCGUUUAUUACUUUGAAGUUUACAUUUCGGAUAUGUAUUAUAUAAUAUUCUUACAAAACUAAUUGUGGUUACGUUAACUAGUCAAUAAGUGAAUUAUUAUUAUUUUUUUUUCCUGUUACGAAACAAGGAUUUGAUGCGGUCAAGAGUUAUUAUUAUUUUAUUUAUUUUUUGUUAAAAUCCGCAAAAAUUAAUUUGAAGCAACUGCAAAAUUAAAAAUAAAAUAAUUAUAAGGAAACGCGUAGGAAACAACUUCUAAUAUGAUUGAUUAGAUUAUAUACUUAGUAUUAAUUACGAAGACCUAUGUUAGUCGCGGCAUGUGAAAUUAAGUUAUUUGAAUUACUUUAGGUGAAAUUUUGUUUUUACUCUGU